UGAAAAGAUUUGGGUCUUUAUCGGAGACGGGUCCCGCGGGGGCGGAUGGAAUGGUUCAUAUUGUCGCCUGUCGGACUCGGAAGCUUAACCAUAACUUAGCUACUCAUUCGAGGCGAGACCCUGAUUGCUCUUGUUAAAGUACCGAGGCUUGCUAUCUUUCGCCUGCCCGCGGACUGUUUAUUGAUCCAACGGAGUGUCAAUCACUCAGACUUCUGCAUUGUCGUCUUUGUACAAAAUAGGUCCUCAACGUCCACUGUGGACAGCAUCAUCAACAACACAAACUACUCAGACUACACUCAUCAACAUGGCACCGCAAUCAGAAGAACCCAACACCUUUGAUGUCAUCAUCAUCGGCGCUGGAAUCUCCGGCAUCAACGCCGCCUACCGUCUCCAAACAGAAGGUCCUCCCGACUUGACCUACGCCAUCCUCGAAGGCCGCGACUCCAUCGGCGGUACAUGGGAUCUCUUCAAGUAUCCUGGCAUCCGAUCCGACUCUGAUAUUUUCACCUUUGGCUUCCCAUGGAGUCCCUGGAAGCACGACCAGUCGCUCGCACCGGGUGACAAGAUCAAGGACUACAUGAUUGAGUCGGCACGAUCGACUGGUAUUGAUCACCAUAUUUGCUACAAGCACUCUGUUUCGGAAGCCAACUGGUCUUCUAAAGAGAGGCGAUGGCAGCUUCAGGUUACCCGACCUGGCGAUGAGAAGCCCGUUACCUUCCGCAGCCGAUUUCUGCUCCUUGGUACUGGCUACUAUGACUACCAAACCCCUCUUCAGACUGUGAUUCCUGGAAUUGAGAAGUUCCAAGGCAAGGUCAUCCACCCUCAGUUUUGGCCUGAGGACUACGACUACACCAACAAGGAGGUCGUCAUCAUCGGCAGUGGAGCUACCGCCGUCACAAUUCUUCCAUCCAUGUCCGACAAAGCUAAGCGUGUGACCAUGCUGCAGAGAAGUCCAGGCUACAUCUUCCCUCUCCCAUCAAGCAGCUUCUUCACGCGUCUUCUCUUGACCGUUUUCCCCGCCAGCAUCGCCCUCUUCCUCAACAGACUUCUAUGGCUGGUCCGAAGCUAUCUCACCAACGUGUUCUGCAAGUCUUGCCCAGGUCUGGCCAAGAAGCUCAUCAAAUAUGUCACCAUCAAGAACCUUCCUCCUGACGUCAGCUGGGAUCCUCACUUCAAGCCUCGAUAUAAUCCCUGGGAGCAACGAUUCUGCGCUAGCCAGGACGGUGACUUCUUCGCGGCUAUUCGCUCGGGUAAAGCGAAUGUCGUGACGGAUAAGAUCAAGACUAUCACUGAGAAGAGUAUUGAGCUUGAGUCUGGAGCUUCAUUACAUCCCGAUCUUAUCGUCACAGCAACUGGUCUGAAGGUUCGUUUCGGUGGAGGUAUCAAGUUCAGCGUCGACGAUGUCCCAUUCAAUGUCGCCGACAAGUUUGCAUGGAAGACUGUCAUGCUCCAGGAUGUACCAAACCUGCUAUUCAUGUUCGGAUAUGAGAAUGCGUCGUGGACACUUGGUGCUGAUGUCAGUGCGAGACUGUUUGUUCGUAUCCUGAAGAAGAUGACACAGAGCAAGACCAGCGUCGUGGUCCCACGUCUUUCGUCAUCAAGUGCUAUGCCAGUGAAGCCAAUGAUGAGCCUAUCUUCGACAUAUCUCAAGACGGCUAGCUCUGUAUUCCCCAAGGGUGGUACGGGUUUGUGGAGCCCCAAGUCGAAUUACUUUGCGGAUAUGGCUGGAGCGAGGUGGGGAGAUAUCUCUACAGGGUUGGAGUACCUGUGAACAUAGUCUUAUGUAUCAAGAAUAGCCUUUCGUUUCUCAUUAGUAAAUACCAACUUGUUUCCAUCG